AUGACGAUUGCCACAGCAAUAGAACCUGAUUUCUUUGCGCUGCACAAUCGAAAGCCAAAAACAAUUGACGUGGAGAUGCUGGAUUAUGGGUUUGUGGAAAGAUGCACUAAUCUUGAUGAGCUAAAGGGAAUUCUUGUGACACUCCGAUCGGGAAAGGAAGGCCGUUAUCCAGAACUGGAGAAAGCUACUGAGAAUCGCAUUCUUGCAGUUUUGCCUGAACGAGAGAGAAAGAAAAUCAUAAGUAUGCGCUCGAGACUUUCAGCCAACGAAGUGACUACCGAGGUGGAUGAGCUUGCCAGUUGGGCGGCUGCAAUGGACUUGAGGAAUGAGGCAUUGAUAAGACAAGCUCCGCUCAAGCGAGAGCAUCCACCUGUCAGAGGUCAGAAAGCGUUGCAAUCAGAGCUUGUAAGGGACCAGGCAGAAAAAAUCAAUCACAAAAGGGCAGAGGAAAAGAGCCUGAAGGCGAUUUCGGCGUACGAUUUCAGAUCGUGGGAAAAAUAUGACGCUGAUAAAGCACUUGAGGAUAUUGAUGCAGAAACUGAUCGAGCGCGGCAACAAGCUAGACAGCAGCAAGCAGAGCAGGACAUGCGUUUGGUAGCUCGAAAGCAAGAGCUUCAGUCUUUGUCCAAGUCUGUGGAACUGGAUAAGCUAGAGCCGGAAACAAGAAAAUUGUAUGCAGGGUAUGAGAAGCAAAAAGGAAAUGACUGCUUUAAGGCAAAUGAAGUUGAGACAGCCUUGCUGCACUACACCCGCAGCAUUGCUUAUGACGACACCGAUGCCAUAAUUUAUGCCAAUCGCGCCCUUGUGCAUCUACGAUUGAAAAACUUUGCAGCUGCUGAAGAUGAUGCUACGCGUGCUAUUCUGCUCAAUCCAGCUUACUUGAAGGGGUGGAGUCGCCGUGGCAUGACACGGUACAGAAGAGGGAAAUAUGCUGAGUCGAUACAGGAUUUUGAAGAAGCACUGCGACUAGACCCCGAGAAUCGGGAGGUGGCAAAGUUGUUAAAAGCUGCCCAGGUAAAACACGUGGAUGUCAAUGGCGUUUGCGAGAGCAACCAAAAUUUGUUUACAGGCAACGACGCAAACGAGAAGCCGUCCCAGCGCUUCGAAAUUAUCAAGGAGGAAGAAGAGGAAAAUGAGCUAUAUCACGAGAGAAGCAAUCAAAGCGUAAGCAUUUUGCAGCCUGAGCAGAGCAGCUCAUCGAACAAACCCUUUACCCGUUUUGAAAUCAUCGAGGAGGGGUCGGAAGACGAGGAUGACGAUUGA